AUGAGCGAGGUGAUGCGUUUGCGAACUGAGAUACAACGCGAGCUCCAUACAAUAAAGGCGAGCGUGAACAGGAUUGCAGUGCAGCCGGUGAUACGCCAAAUACAGGGUAGCAGAGUCGACCCCACAGGUGAAAGUGAGCUAAACCGACCGCGAAUCCAACGCGCUACUGUUAAACUCUCGAAAAGACCCAAGGAUCUAUUUGAACUGUGGCAUGAGUACGAGUUUGGAUACGCUGGAGUGAAGCUAGCACGAGACUUUACAUCAGUCGAAAGGGGUGCCAACAAAUUUGUGGUCAGUCGUCGUAAGGUGUUCUGGGAUGAAGUUGCUGGACUU